AGCAAGCACAAGCAGGGCGAGCGACAGGCAGAGGGAGAAGCAGGUUCGCCGCUGAGCAAGGAGCCGGCUGUGGGGCGGGAUCCCAGGAAUCACGACCCCUGAGCCGAAGGCAGCCGCUUAACCAAGUGAGCCACCCAGGUGCCCCAGUAUAUCUAUUUUAAAGAAGAGAGAGGUGAGGCAAAUGUAGGAAAACGUUAACAUCUUGUUAAAUGGGGGCGGUGAUGGGGGUUGUUACAUAGGUAUUGGUUAUAUAACUUUUUGAAUGUGUGAAAUCUUUCAUAAUUUAAAUUUCUAAAAUUAAGAAUAUUGGGAAGAAAUGUGCAUCCACACUAGUUGUUUUAGGAUGUUGGAAAUAAAUGGGAUUUGUUUAUAGUCCCUACGUGUUCUGUAAUGACCACCUCUGACGUUUACAUGUUAAAACACGACACACUUGCUUGAAGGAUUUUGUAGUAACCAAACGGAGAGUUGGAAGACAACAGGGAGCAGAAGGGAGAAAAUACAGAUUCGACGAGCCUGCCCUCGGCCCGAUCCACCUACCUACCUCUGGAAGGUAACGCCGAAACCUUAACCCAGGAAGAAAGUGAUUCCAGGUCAAUGAGGCCGCCAAUCCAAACCACGCUGUCAAUCAGCUGUGUGCGGGGGCAGGGACCUCUGAGGCUGAUUCCACACUCAACCGAGAUGGUCACGGAUAGCCUCUGAGAGCCGGCUGAAACUCAAGUAAAUGCUAGUUUCCGAUCCGAGACGAAGCCCGUGUGGCGGGCUCCCAGGCGCCACCAGGAAAGGCCGCCCAGUGUCAAUUGCGUCGGUCACCCGGAACGGAUGACCAGGAGCCGCAGGAAGAGGCGGGGCUGGCCGGAAGCCGUAAAAGGGAGCACAGCCUUCGCGCCUCGCUGGAGUUCCGCGGGCGCUACCCGGACUUUGCCCUUCUUGGGCUGUUGGCCCUAGCAUGGUCGACGAUGCGGGUACUGCUAAGGCCCAGGGGGACGAGUGGACGUCUGCCCAGUCCCUGGACAGGCUGCUCUGGUCACCACUUCCACCACCGCGGAUUCGCACGCGGCCGUGGUGGUUUCCUGUGCAGGAACUGAGAGACCCACUGGUGUUUUACCUGGAGGCAUGGCUGGCCGACUCGAUCUUCGGCCCAGACCGAGCCAUAAUUCCUGAAAUGGAGUGGAUGAGCCAAGUCCUGCUGACGGUGGACAUAGUUAACUCUGGGGACUUAGCUGAAAUCACCAUCUUUGGACGGCCCCGGGUACAAAGUCGGGUGAAGAGCGUGCUCCUGAACCUGGCAUCCUGGCACCGGAAGCAUCGUGCUCGAGCUGAGAGGAUGAAACAACUUGAGGAGUUCUUGAAGGCCGGUGCAUCAGGUCCCCAGACUCCUGAGCCUCCUGUUGCACAAGUAUUUUCAGGAGCAUUGUGAGAAACAGUCCUGCUUCUACUACUAAAGUUCAAGAGAAAAACCAAAAUAGAGUAAACGGACCAUCUUACUUCAAUCAAGUUCCAAAAAGACGGCACACUACUUUGGAGAGCACUGUCUCAGCAGAAAAUAGCAAAGGCACAAACAUAACCCCACUUUCCACUUUGCUUUCCACUUCCCCUUGAUCCCCUGGAUGGGGAGGCAACUUCUUCCAGCUGAUUUUGGGAAUGUCGUUCUCCGUGAGAAUGUCCAGGGGUCAGUUGAAGUCUUCCACUCUCUGUGGGUUUUGGAUGCUUCAGGAUCCUUUCCAUUGCCGCUUCUCCUGCAUCUUCUCAAUGGCUGCCUGCAGGUGGGUCCCUUGUUCAGGCUGUGCUGCUUCUCCUCCUUUCUGUUCGUCCCUUUUGCUCAUUCCCAUUGCUUCCAGGAAUUUUACCUUUGUCCAUCUUUUUCUUCUUUGGCUUGAUCAUGCCAAGCUCUGCCACGCUUUUCAGUUUCAGGGGCCCCUUUUGGACCUGCUUGUAUGCCUCCAUGAUGCCCAUCU